AGUGAGUCACUUUAUAACUCAAGUUCUUCUUCAACAGAAACCCUAGCCGCAAAGGAGUUCACAGAUCGGAGGAAAUGACGACGAGAUUGAGGAAGAACAGGAAGAAGCGUGGCCACGUCAGCGCCGGACACGGUCGUAUCGGAAAGCAUCGAAAGCAUCCCGGAGGUCGCGGUAACGCCGGAGGAAUGCACCACCACAGGAUCCUCUUCGACAAGUACCAUCCCGGUUACUUCGGUAAAGUCGGUAUGCGGUACUUCCACAAGCUCCGCAACAAGUUCUACUACCCGAUCGUGAACCUCGACAGGCUUUGGUCGCUCGUCCCCGAGGACGUGAAGGCGAAGUCGACCAAGGACAAGGUGCCGUUGAUCGACGUGACGCAGCACGGGUUCUUCAAGGUGUUGGGGAAAGGUCAUUUGCCUGAGAACAAGCCUUUUGUUGUGAAGGCGAAGCUGAUCUCGAAGACGGCUGAGAAGAAGAUUAAGGAAGCUGGUGGUGCUGUUGUGCUCACUGCUUAGGUUUUGGGGAAAGUUCCUCUUCUCGCUGUGGUUCUACUAUUGGAUCUUUAAAGAUGUCUUUGUCUCUAAAGUUGUAGUUUUAAAUCUUUGUCGGAAUUUUUAUAAUGGUUAUUUACAUUGAGAUGUGCAUGUUUUGAACA